CACUGACUGGCAUUGAUAGGUGGCACUGACUGGCACUGAUGGGUGACACUGAAAGACAGCUCAGAUGGGCACUGAUAUGUGGCAUUGAUGUGCACUGGUAGGCACUGAAAUGUGGCAUUGAUAUGGCACUGAUGGGUACUGGCAGGUGGCAUGGAUGAGCACUAACUGCUGGCACUGAUGGACACUGACAGGUGGCACUGCUGGGGCUACACAGAUCAUCAGGGCACACUGAUCAUCGGUGCUCUGAUGAUCACUGUCAGCGUGACAGCUCGUGAGGAGAGAAAUGCCGAUAACUGGCAUUUCUCUAUUUACAUGCGAUCAGCUGUGAUUGGA